CAACACUCAACACCCACUCCCGCAGAUUGUCCCUUUGAAUUAUUUCUCAGCACAAACGCACAAUUCACCUUCCCGCGCUGCAUCACACAAUUUUCAAUACAUACCAGGAACCAUGCCCAUCCCAACCUUCAUCUCGAUCUCUGACAAUGAUGACAUGGAUAUCAACCUCCCCCUGUCUCCCAUUUCAGGCAACGAGGAGACUCGUCAUCAACGAACCGAAGCCCGCUUUCAGAAUAGUGCCCGCAAACAUCGCCAACGUCUUGGUAACAACAAUCGAAUGAUGUGCAAGAUGCCGCUUGUGGAGGAUGCUCUGGAACGCGACGGCCUUGCUAUCUCCAACCACAAGGAUGCCAAAGAAGUCGAUCGUGCUCUGACGCGAAUGCUGGCAAUGGUCUCCAACAAACAAACAGGCAAAGAUGCCCAUCACCAAUCCAUCUCUUCCCAAGAUUCACUGUGCUUCUUUGACUAGCUAAUGAAUGCCUCCAGAUAGCUGCAUAGCACAGUGUCAGUACCACUCUUUAUCGAAGUCCGACACAAAGUACCUCCAGUGUACAGCAAAACGGCUAACAUCUCUCCUGAUCCCUCCGAAGACAUGAGCCCUCGGCAAGACCAACAGAA